AUGGGCUGCGAUCGAGACGGGACUGGUGUCGGAGGUCCCAACUAUCGCGCAAAACAAAAGUCGGGUGUUCCACAUCAUGGAAAGGCGCAUCAGUUACGCAAGGUCCAGCCGCUCAUAGAAGUCCUACUCUCAGUAACCAAACAGGGUAGCAGCGGCCGCGUUAGAUGGUGCUGGUCGGAUAAGAUCGGACAGGUCGAAUCAUAUCUCAAGGAGGCAAUCUACGAGAYCCAUCAGAUCGUCCGGAACGAACAAGAACACCUCAGACGCAAAUUGAAGUCAGUCAACAAAGCAGAGAAUCACAAGUACGCGCGUAGACCAGGAGGACUCCUCUUUGCGCCUAUUCUAGAACCGCUGGGAAACACGAAGUUACCAAUCACCAACGACAGCCACAUUUCCACACCAGGGGGCUCGAUAAUCACCAAAUCAAAGCCUCAAGUCUGCGUCAUACCACUGGAGAACGGGGUUGUCACUGCAGUGAUUGGGUCUCGACAAGAUACGCCACUCACGGAGAAGCAGGUCCGAGAGAAUCCGAGACUGAAGAAGCAGUUUCUUCGCCUGCUAGCCGACGAUCAGAAGCUCGACGAGAGUAUGAGCGAGAUUGGCGGGAUCGGGAUCACUGGCGGAACCUUUCCGGUCAAAGCCUCGAGCCUGCUGGACGGUGCUGCGCUGAACUUCGUUCGCUACCAAGACAUCGAGCACUGCUACAGUGGCUCUCACGUUCAUCAGGAUAGCAUUCCAAAACUUAUCAAAUUCUUGCAUCAGAACAAUGUCGACAAGCUGGGAGGCCUGGCAGAUGCUCAUGGGCUUGAGAUGAGCACUACACUAGAGCUCGGGGGAAUUUUGACCGCAGGUCGUGAACUGAAUACACGGCUUCGUUCAUCUGAGCUGGAGGCCGAUAAGCUGCUCACCAAACAAAAAGAGGGAGAGUAUGUGCGCUGUUUUUCCGCCACUGGAACUGACACCGUGGGCGAACCUUUUCAGCAGUCGAGUGCGAGCGUAGCCACAGCAAGGGAGGGCACGUCAACAUCUGUGACGCAAGACCAGGUCAGGGGAAUCGAAUCAGGGGCCAAGCAAAUCAUUGGAGGAACUGGAGACAGGGUUUUUGCCGGAACAGACACGAGAGCUGCUAGAACGUUUCAGCAGAUGUCGAUGCAGAAGAAUCAAAAGAGACCAAGGACCGAUAGUGUCGAGCCAUCUGGGGCUGACUCGUACAACGGCGGCGAAGAGACGUCUGAUAACAGCAGUUCUAUCCGUCCGGUCAAAAAAGUAGAUCACGGCACCCGGGACCGUCCCGCUGCUGAACAUAGUGUUCUUGGCCGAGGUGGCUCCCAAACCGCCCACGAGGGAGGCAAAUCGCCAUCUUGUGUUGAUUCUCAUCAGCCUCUCAGCUCCCAUACAUCUCCACCGUCUACAGACACAGGCUACAGGGCGUCAGGAAAGCACCGUUUCGAUUCACUGAACUCGCACGACUUGAUGAGCGCCAGCAGCAGGGGUCACGUUGGAACUCACCAUCCCGAGAAUCGAACGGGCCGUUCUAACGACAACGAGAUUCGUAGUGAACUUGACCCGGGGAAGUUGAGCAAACGCAACUACGGCGAGGAGCAGACCAGACAGCGUGAGGAUCAUUGGGCUGGUGGUACCCGGCCUUCGACUCGCAACGAAAGGUGGUGGUGGAGGUGA